AUGGAUCUCCUCACCACCCCAGCUCUGCUCUUCCCCCUGGCCAGCUCCGGUGCCUCCUCCCUGGGCAGCGUGGCGGCGCGGCUCCCUGCCAACCUCUCCACGUCUAGCCCCAGCGCCGCAGCGUCGCCAGAGGUGGCGCUGUCGCUCAACGUGCCGUACGUGGUGGCGGAGCUGGUCAUCGCCGUGCUGUCCACCGCCGGCAACCUGCUGGUGUGUAUCGCCGUGGGCAUCAACCGGCGCCUGCGCACCGUCACCAACUACUUCCUGGUGUCGCUGGCGGUGGCGGACGUGUGUGUGGGCGCGGUGGCCAUUCCGUGCGCCAUCCUGACGGACCUGGGCAUCCCCCGACACCAGCUCUACCUGUGCCUGCUCAUGCUGUCUGUCCUCAUCAUGUUCACACAGAGCUCCAUCUUCAGCCUGCUCGCCGUCGCCAUCGAGAGGUACGUGGCGAUCUUCCUGCCGUUCCGGCACCAGCGGCUCAUGACUCGGCGGAACGCGCUGCUGAUCAUCGUGGCAACGUGGCUGCUGGCGUUCCUGAUCGGGCUGGUUCCGCUGAUGGGCUGGUACCACCCGCCGCCCCCAGACGACUCGGGUCACUGCUUCUUCGUCUUCGUGGUGGACAUGACCUACAUGGUCUACUUUAACUUCUUCGCCUGCGUGCUGGCACCCCUAGUGGUCAUGUUCCUCAUCUACGCGCGCAUCUUCGCCGUGGUCAAGCGGCAGUCGCGGCGCAUCGCGGCCGAGCGUGAGGCCGUGGCCGACAAGGAGGCGGUGGCGGUGGCGGCCGCUCGGGCCGCGCAGAUGAAACAGGAAGUGCGCACGGCCACCUCCGUCUUCCUGGUGCUCUUCCUGUUCACAGCGUGCUGGAUCCCGCUGCACGUCAUCAACUGCUUCCUGCUGCUGUGUCCGGCCUGCCCCGUGCCCUUGCCCCUGCUGCUGACCGCCAUCAUCCUGUCCCACGCAAACUCCGCCCUCAACCCGCUCAUCUACGCCUACAAGAUGAAGGCCUUCCGCCACGCCUUCAAAGCCAUCAUCUGCUGCCGCAGGAUCACCGAGGGACAAGGGGAGUAG